AGGUCAGCUUCCUGAAUCGACUUCGAAAUAUAUUUGGGACUAAAAUGAGUUCACAACCACCAAAUUAUACUUUAUUGGAUGCUGAUAAAACGAAAGAAAUGUUGACUCUUUUUAAUGGUGAAAGAACCGGAUGGGUGCAGGCUGGAGAGAAGAAGUGGUUUUUCCCCUAUAAAUACACAGAAGAAAGGGAAGGAUUUUACAAUUUUAAGCCUAGACCCUCUGACACUUGGAUAAUUUCUCAUCCGCGGUCAGGAACGACCGUGACGCAAGAACUUAUUUGGCUUCUGAGUAAUAAUCUGGAUUUCGAAACAGCAAGGAAGAAGACGUAUAUGCAAAGAUUCCCAUAUCUUGAAAGCAGUAUGGAUUAUCAUUCCGCAGUAAUGGACGAACUUGUCAAAAAAAAUGAAGGAAACCUAGAAAAGCAAGAGUUUUGCAAAUCUCUGGCUAGACCUGUUUAUGAAACAUUAGAGGCUCUACCAUCCCCUAGAUUUAUUCAAUCGCAUAUGCCUCUUAGCUUGAAGCCAGGUAUCUUGGAUUCUGGAUGUAAGAUUAUUUACAUGGCGAGGAAUCCGAAAGACGUAGCGGUUUCGUGGUAUAUUAUGCAUAAAUCCGUGGUAUCCCUUGGAUAUGUAGGUGACUUUCCGACCUUUUGGAAUUAUUUCAAAAAUGAUCUUACUGUAUUCAGUCCAUACUGGGAACAUGUUAAAGAAGCAUGGGCUCAGAGGAAUCACCCGAAUCUGUUAUUUAUGUUUUACGAGGAAUUGCGAGCCGAUUUGCUUUCUGCAGCUAAAAAGGUGGCCAAUUUCUUGGGGAAGAAUUACAAUGAAAAUCAGUUAUCCAAAUUGUUGGAUCACUUAAAUAUAGAUAAUUUCCGAAAAAACCCGGCGGUUAAUUUGUAUAGUUGGUAUAACUGUGGAGUAUAUUUGAACAGCGAAUUUUUCAUCGGAAAGGGGAAGACUGGCAACUGGAAGGAAUUCUUCAGUGCAGAGAUGGAAAAAGAAGCUGAUGAAUGGAUUACGAAAAAUUUAGAAGACACUGAUCUGGUGUUCCCAAUAAUCAACACGAAGGACGUGUGCCAUUAGUUGGAUUUCAAAUUGGGUUCAUUGAAUGCCGUCUCAGAGUUUUAAAUAUUUCAGAUCAGUUUUUUGUGAACGCUUCAGCUUUAGAAAAUUAUAUUCUCUGUAUAUUUUAUCCAAUAAAUUACUGGAAUAAAUUUAAUCCGUUGCGAUUAGUAACAAAAAAAAAGGUGCUGACUCAAGACCACCUGUUUGGUGCCGACUUAGGACCGCUACGAAUGUUUACACUUUCUAUGCUAUUGCUCACACAAAUAUAUAAACCAACGCACUUAAUCAGUUAAACUUUUUAAAAUAUUUACACAUCAGUAGCUGCUUCACAAGAAUGGAAGAAAAUGGAAUUCCGUUUAAACAAAAAAUGUAUACCCUGCUCACGCUGUCACGUGGAAACUAAAGUGACAAUUGUCUGCGUCCAUGUCCACUAACCUGUCAUGCGAAAAAAAUGGUUUAGCUGCCACGCGCGCCAUCUCUGAAAAAUGCAACGAUGCCGGCUUAACCUAAAGUGCCGACUUAGGACCACUCUCCUCUAUA